AUGCUUCCAAAACAAAGGAAGGAAUGGAAUGCAGAAGCGAUAAAAAGGGCGGUCGAAGCAGUUAAGAACAAGGAAAUGGGAACUCUCUUGGCAUCUAAAAUAUUUGGCGUGCCCAAAAGCACACUUAUUGAUUAUGUAAUUAGUAAGAAACCGGUUGAUACAUUACUUGCUAUUAAGUUAGGCAGAAAACCUGCUUUAAGAAAGAAACUUGAAGAAGGGCUAGUUGAGUAUGCUCUCGAAAUGUAA